ACUUUGGUGUUAACCAACACCGUCAAUUAGUCAUCAGUCACCGAAUCCGUAACAUCUGCGCCGGCGCUACAACAACCCCGGCGCCGGACACAGGAAAGGAUCCUCGACUCCGCCAUCCGCGCCUUCUACGAUCACCACUCCGAUUCCCAACACCGCCAACAACCCCUCCCCCAAGACCAGGACGAGGACGAUAUACUUUCGGAAGGCACCGUCGCCGCUGCCGCACCGCCAUCGCGGGUGACUCGUUCCUCCGCCGCUGCCGCUGCUCCUCGUUCUUCGACCGCAAUGGGUUCCAGAGGGGAUAAGAAGCCAUCGAUGCCCUCCGGGAGCCGGCUGACCAUCCGUACCCUACCCGAUCUGAACCGGAGUUCUGAGACGGGAUCCAAUAGCGACUCCGAUAGGCCGCAGGAGGCUUCAAGGAUACAUGUGGAUGUUUUAGGCAUUAUAACCUUGCAAAAGUUUAAUUGGUAUGCUUGUCCAAGAUCCUUUGAAAGGUGGCUAUGAUGUGGAUGCAAUAUUUGAGCAAGCUAGGCAGAUGGGUGCCAUGCAAGGACCUUUUCAGCCUCAGUCCUCUAGUUCAAGAAGUUUCACUGGAACUGGCAGGUUAUUUUACAGGUGAAUCAGUACCACCUACUCCCCAGCAGCCUGAAAUUUUUGUGCAUAAUAUCUGUUUCUGGAGGCAUGGAUUUGCUGUGAAUGAUGGUGCAUUAAGGAGGUUUGAUGAUCCUGAAAAUGCAUCCUUCCUAGAGAGCAUUAGAAAGUCUGAAUGCCCCAAAGAACUUGAGCCAGCACAUCGGAGGUCCAUGGUUAAUGUCAAUUCCAUUCGGAGGGAAGAAAAUUGCCCUGAGCCUGUGGGCGUCUCUUUUCAUUUCAAGGUGUGGGAAGGACACUUGGGGGUGGGGAGAUUCUGACAGUUCUUUGGUUGAACUUGGUGUUAAUAAUGCUGCAUCCAGUACGGUUCCGUCAUCUUUAGGUAUUGUCGAUGCCUCUUUGCCCUUGACUACAAUUCAGCUAAGGUUAGCCGAUGGCAUUCGCAAGGUUUUACGCUUUAAGACUCGUCACACGGUGGGUGGCAUCAGGGCAUUCAUCCAUGCAUCAAGGCCUGGAUCAGCAAGAACAUGCCAGUUGUAAAUUGUUGGUUUCUCUCCCAAGCUACUGAAUGAUGUCAGUAAGUAAGACGAUUGAGGAAGCAGACCUUGCUAACUCGGUUAGCAUUCAAAAAGGCUUACUGCAUCUGACAGCGUAGUUGUAGCAUCAAUGCUAUUAAAUACUUGCACUGAGACGGUUUUUUUUAUAAAUCA